UAAGCAAGUUUGCUCCGCUCUCUUGAACACGCAAACCAACCUACCGUACCUUUAGCUUGGUUACGAUUUUAUGGCAAUCAGUCAAACCGUUUUCAAUUGUGUUUGUUGUGCAGCAAGUCUGCAAUCAGCUCUGCAAAAAAAGUCGAUUUAAUUCUUUCGCGGGUGCCGACGGACAACUUGUAGUUUGGUUAUCGCUUGUAGUGCUUUUUAUCCCGACGUUUUUGCAUUCGUCAUCCAGCAGGGUGUGUGAAGAUUCCAUUAAUCGACCAGCACACUAGAAAAAAAAUCGUCUGAAUCGUUUUUUUUUGUCGCAACAGCGAGGUCUAAAAAUGCUCGUCUAUGAAUGCGUGUUGCAUACACCGAGAGCGAGAGCAAAUACCAAUAGCUAGGUACUUGUACAUUAGCAGUAAGAAAAGGUAUCUUAUUUGAAGCGAACCUCUUUCGGCUGGUUGUGAAGCGAAAAGCGUAAGUGGAAGUGCAAGAGGGUUGAGUUGCGAAUGAAAGUGCAGUGAAAAGUGCAAAUUUUGACCCGUUUCUAGUUACAAACGUGAUAUAAUAGCAUGGAAAGUUUUCGAUAUACGCGCUGCCAAGUCUGUGCGUCCAGGUCCACUCACAGGAUGUGAAAUAUUUAUAUCAGAAAAUGUGGAUGACGGCUUCUCGGGAAUGCUAAAGUAAAGGGCAGCAUACAUGAUAAAUUGCCACACCGUAUCCGGAUUACGAUUUAGUCUGGCGCCAGCAAGCCAAAAAACUUCACGGUGAAAGAAGCACGGAAAAUCCACUUACCGAAGCUGCUGCAGUAGAGCAGAACGGAGCGGUGAUACAGGAGCGAACAGCCGGCUGAACUCGCCACAGUAUUGCAGUGGCCUGGCUUGGCCUUUCGGGUGAUCACUCCAAUUAGAAAAAUUUAAUUACCGCACCGUUCGAGUGGACAGUUUGCAGUGCACACGUUAGUUUCUUUGCCCUGCUGCACCAGUAGUAGUAGCAGCAGCAGUCAUUACUAAGUCUGCUGAUCGGCCGAUUUGUUUGCGAGGCAUAGCAGAAGGAUGGUGAAUUGAUUGAUUCUCAGUGACUUCUGUGUACUGUCAGCCGCCGUUAUUAUAAGGGACCAACCGAGCGACGUUUUAUCUAUUCACACGUUCCUCUCGUAUGCCAUUUAUAUUUUCGGGAUGUUGCUAUCAAACGAUUAUUUCAAUAAGAGAAAUCAUCACCAGCGGAAUCUUAAAACCACCAUACUUACAAGCUUUAUCAAAAGGAUGGCUUUCACUGGAUCUCUGCGGAAGACGCUGUUCGGACUACUCCUGGUGAUGGUCUUUCUCGUGAUGUUUCUUUACUGGAAUGAAAAUCAAAGCCCACUAAAACCUGCUGCUCAGACGUUGCUGUUUGCGGGAAUUUUUAACCGCGAUGCUAGUGCAGGGGGAGGUGGCGGAGGUAUACUAAAUGGAGCCCCGCCGCGGCCGAAAAUAAAUCCUGCGGAAAAAAUGUGGACCUACAAAUGUGUCAACAAUCGCUGCAUUCGGCAACACUACGUAGACAAAACGGAAGUUGCUGGAGGUAAGCGGGUACCCUUUCUCACCUGCACCAUGACCUGCGGUCCAAUAAAUAUCUGGCCACAGCCAACGGGGAAAGCUACCAUCGGAAGCAAGGUUUCUCGCUUCCGUGUGGCCGAUAUCAAUGUAUAUAUUAGAACCAGCUUCAAACCUGUGGAGAACUUGCUAAAGAAAGCCUUCGACGUUUUUCGGGAAGAACUACGAGCCGUACUACUGGCUCACGGGGUGACUAAAAGUGAGUCGGAAAGUUAUUCCCUGGCAGACGGUAGUGAGGUGACCAGAGGAAGAACGUCCGAUGGAACAGAAUCGGAUGAUCCAGGAACGAUCCGCUUUUACAAAGCGGUGGAUGAGAACCGUUACGACCUUGAUAAGUUCGAUGUUCGGAUUACGGUGCAAAAAUCACCGGAUACCCAUUUGACGCUACACACAGACGAAAGUUACAAUUUAUCUGUAACACAUACGGCACGUACCUUAACGGCGAAGAUUUUUACCAACAGUUUUUUUGGUGCAAAGCACGCUCUUACCACCCUGCAGCAACUGGUAUGGUUCGAUGAUGAGGAGCGCCUCUUGAAAAUACUCAACAAAGCCUUAAUUGAAGAUGUGCCAAGAUUCAACUUCCGUGGCCUUAUGCUGGACACAUCGAGACACUAUUUUUCCGUGGAGUCGAUAAAACGAACACUAGUAGGAAUGUCCCACUCAAAGCUCAACCGGUUCCACUGGCACAUUACGGAUUCGCAAAGUUUCCCUCUUGUGUCAAAACACUAUCCUCAGUUGGCGCAUUACGGAGCCUAUUCGGACUAUGAGGUUUAUACCAGCGAGGACGUGCGGGAAAUCGUUGAAUUUGCUAGGGUGCGCGGCAUUCAGAUCAUUCCGGAAAUUGACGCACCAGCUCAUGCUGGCAAUGGGUGGGACUGGGGACCGAAGCAUAAUCUGGGUGAGCUCAGUUUAUGCAUCAACCAGCAGCCGUGGAGUUAUUACUGCGGGGAACCACCCUGCGGACAGCUGAAUCCAAAAAACAACAACACUUAUAUGAUAUUACAAAAACUCUACGAAGAGUUACUGGAUCUUACGGGGCCGCUAGAUUAUUUCCAUUUGGGAGGAGAUGAGGUGAACCUGGAAUGCUGGCAGCAGCACUUCAACGAGUCGGAUAUGCGAACAUUGUGGUGUGAUUUCAUGCAGCAGGCCUACCAUAGGCUACAGGUAGCAAAUCAAGGCAUCGCACCAAAACUGGCUGCCGUUUGGUCCAGUGGGUUGACAAAUUACCCGUGUCUUUCGAAAAACGCGUUUGCAGUACAAAUAUGGGGUGGUAGCAAGUGGCAGGAAAACUACCAACUAAUUAAUGCAGGAUUUCAACUAGUGAUAUCGCACGUUGAUGCUUGGUAUCUAGAUUGCGGGUUUGGCAGUUGGCGAUCGACGGCUGACGGAGCCUGCUCUCCGUACCGCAACUGGCAAACGGUGUACAAACAUCGACCGUGGGACGAGAUGAAACUUACGUCACUGCAGAUGCGACAAAUUCUCGGGGGUGAGGCGUGUCUGUGGACUGAACAGGUUGACGAAUCCACACUGGACGCACGACUGUGGCCACGAGCGUCCGCCCUAGCCGAACGACUGUGGACCGAUCCAGUCGAGGAAAUCUACAGUGAAUCGGUACCGAAGGAAACCUUCAAUCGAAUGUCCGUCUUCCGAAAUCAUCUACUCGAGUUGGGCAUCCUGGCGGAACCCAUCUUUCCGAAAUACUGUGCGCAAAAUCAAGACGAGUGUGUAUGAUAUUUCGCGAAUCCUUUCUACUAGAGAAACUCUAUGGCAAAUGUGCGAUGUUUGUUGCUAGGUUUUUGUAAGAGUUGUAUAUAUUUGUAAAACCGCUUAGGAUAGGCAACAAUUGAUUAUGGUUUCAGCAAAUGGCGCGCACCUAUUAUAGUUUAGCAAUAGCGUAAAAAGUGCAAGCAAAAGUGAGAAACUGGUGUCUACCAACACUACACAGAUGGUUGUAAACUAAGCAGGACGAGACAAAAUGUACGUUCACGCGAUAUUUCAAAAGUGGUAUAUUUUAAUAUUGUAUUUUAGGACCUUAACUGAGUGUCACGGAUAAAGCUGCCUUUUCGCGUGAUCUGUUGUAAUAGUAGCAGUGAUAAUUCAGCUAGGAAUACGGUGAGGCCCAAGCGCCACAUAUUAUAGUAAAUUUCAAAAGCAGAAAACUUUGGGCUACCGGCCGGAAUGCCACAAAACACCCUAGGUACUUACUGUUGUACGCUGUAAGUUUUAGUUAUGCCGCUGCAAUUUUCAGUGAAAUCAGUCAGAUCAACUUGGCAGUAUUUUUGUUCUAGUUAAUUAUCAAUUACAUAUGUGCAAACUUAAAUCUCAAUAAAUUGUUAGGUAUUAUAGUUAGAACCGUUACACUAAAUAUAAAUAGUAACCAGCGUGAAAAGUUACGUUCAAAUGCCUUUGAAGCAAUGUAUUUUGCUUUUACACAGUUUAGCAGAGUGAACCACGAAAAUCGUUAGAAUCCAUCGAACCAUUACCUAUAUCAAUUAUCCUAUAUAGCGAGCACCACAUACAAACAAACCUUAGAUUUUUUCUUAUAAUGACAAAAGCUGCUAUGCUCUACAACGUUGUGUGAAUUCUGGUUGAGUUGAUAUUGUAGACAAAAUUUAUUGCCAAAGCAUCGGGUCUGAUCUGGCUCUUGUGCUCUCUUUUUGUUAGGAAGUUGAAAAUAAAUUAAACACUUUGGACAAGA